AUGACUUCCUCUCAUCCGUCGACGCCUCCGUCGACGUUGAAAAGACACCGGCCGGAAAUGCUGGCUGAGUACCCAUCCAUGCAUUUUGAAAGCAAUGUGCUGACUUCUCCUGGAAGUCCUACGGCAGCUUAUUCCAGCACCGUUACGUCUUUUGACCAAAAUACUUGCCUAACGGAUGCUACUGAUGUUGAAAUAGCUGGACUUGUGGACGACGAAGACAGCACAGUUCAUUUCAGCGACAGUGAACGCCGUAGUUAUUCAUCAAUCUCUCAAGCAAAUCCAGCCAGUACGCUACGAAACACAGGCGAAUCAUUUCUCAAUAUUGUUUGUCAGAUGCAAGCUCACCUCGAGGAACUCACCAAAAGCCACGAAACUGCUCUUCAUAGAAUUGACGCCCUGGAAAAAGAGGUUUUACGUUUAAAACAAAGGUGA